AUGGUGGUGGAUGAAGAAACUAAGGCUCGAAGGUUUGAAGAUGGAUUAAGGUUUCGAAUCAAACAAGGAGAUGUGCCCUUUAAGUUAACUACCUUUAGGGCAGUGGUGAGUAAGGCUUUACUAGUGGAGAUGGGGCUUAAUGAGGCUCAGGCAGAUAGAGAUAACAACCAGAAGAAGAGGCCUAGGCAAGGAGAGCAAAGCUCUAGCUUUCAAGCCAAGAAUCAAGGAACACAACAUGUUGAUAUGAAGGCAUUGCCAAAGUGCUCUCGAUGUGGUAGGUCUCAUGCAGAUAAGGAUUGCCACUGGAAUACUAAAACAUGUUUCUUAUGCGGACAAAAGGGUCACAGGAUUGCUAAGUGUCCCCAACGGAAGGAGGUUCAGACCAUUCCAAGACCAACAACAGGACAGAGUCAAGGAGCAAGCCAAAAGCCCAAGAUCCAAGGAAGGGUUUAUACACUCACUCAACAGGAUGCUAACACUUCUAAUGUUGUGGUAACAAGUAUUAUUCCAGUUUCCACAACUUAUGCUUAUGCAUUGUUUGAUCCUGGUGCCACUCACUCCUUCAUAUCUAAUAAUUUUGCAAAGAAACAUAAUUUUAAAUUUGAGCAUAUGGAGUCUAAAUUAUGUGUGGAUACCCCAGUUGGGGGUGUAGUAGUUACUGAUAGUGUUUACAAGUCUUGUGUUUUCAAAAUAGCAGAGAGAGAGUUACUACCAAAUUUAACAUUGUUAGAGAUGUGGGAUUUUAACAUAAUCUUUGGGAUGGAUUGGUUGGCUACCCAUUAUGCCAUAGUUGAUUGUCAUAGGAAGAAGUGGAGGUUACCGAACACAAUUUUAGUCCUUCCAGAAAAUUAUUUUGGAGCACUUUUUAGUUUGGAGGAAAGGGCGCCUUUAGCUUCAUGCCUUCAUGGAGUUGAACCAUUGCCACUGGAUAGUCUGAAGUCUGGACUGUUUAGGGAGAAUUUAUCACCGCCUUUAGCUUGA